AUGGGGGCCGGGGGCGCGAGGGAGAUGACGAUUUCGCUGGACGGGGUGCGGGACAAGAACGUGAUGCAGCUGAAGAAGCUCAACACGGUGUUGUUCCCCGUGCGCUACAACGACAAGUACUACGCGGACGCCCUCUCCUCUGGCGAGUUCACCCGCCUGGGUAGGUUCCUCCCUUCCUCGCCCUUGUUUCUUUCCUGAUUGGGGAGGAGACCGCGUCCGUGAUCGUAUUCGUCGAGUCAGCUUUUUGAAAUUGCUUUUUAAGGAUUGCGCAUUGUCGAGUGUGCCGACGCCUUGGUUUCCUGUCGUGUUAUCAUCGGCCUGAUUAUCCGGAAAUCGGUUACAUGACGGAAUAUGACACCUUCGUCGACAAGUUUGUCGUGCUCUCGUUUCAGCUGGUUUCUUAUCGCUGCGAUCUUCUGGUGUGAACGAUUCCUAUUUGAUUUUAAAAUGAUAGUUUCCUGGGAACCUAAUUUCCCUACUCUCCUCGUUCGUCAACUCACAUUGUGGAGAGUGCAUAUUCGUGUGUGCAUCAAAUUCAGGGGAGGUCCUUGGAGUCUUAGCAUAUUUGCUAGGAGAUCCUAGUAAUUUGAAUUGACAUUCCAUAUGAGUUGUUUCAUUUGUCGUGUCGGAUAGAUGAGCAUUACAAGCUUUUCACCAUGCCUCCAUAUCAAAACGGCUGCCACAUCUCAGGAAGCUCAUAAAGAUGCCUAAAUUGCUCAUAUGUAUCGUUUGGUCUCAGAUUUUCUUUUUAAUUAAUCGUCUCAUAUCAUUUUAAUCGUCCCAUGUAAAAAUAAAGCUCGAUUUGGGUUGUAUGCUCAUGAACUGACUGCUCCUUGGUCUUUCACACGUCAAUAUGGGGAAUUAUUUAAAGAUUAUCCUUAUAAACUAAGAAGGCCCAGAUCCAGCUAGUUAACAUAUCAUGCAAGGAUUUGUAACUACCCCUUAAUCUCAGACUUGAGAUGUAUUAAUUAUCGCCCCUUCUAAAUUCUAGUUUCAUUUUCUCCUUCAGUAAGUGAAUUUGCGAACCUGAUCUAUGUCGCCUUGGGCCUGAUGAGAUAAUUUUUUUUAUGUAGAUUAAUGUCAUGAUGAUUUCAUGCGGCUUUUGAAACAACUCACUCACAAAAUGAAAUCCUCAAUAGAGAUUAUGUGGUUUGAUACACAGUAAUGGCAUCAUUUUUCUGUAGAAUCUCAAAGUCCCUUUCCUCCUACCACAUUGCAGCCUACUACAAUGACAUUUGCGUCGGUUCUGUUGCAUGCCGAAUUGAGAGGAAAGAGGGAGGCGAUCUUCGAGUUUAUGUGAUGACAUUGGGAGUCUUGGCUCCAUAUCGCAGGCUUGGAAUAGGUAAGCAACAGACCCCUCUUACUGGGUCUUCUGUUGUCUACAUGUUUGCUCGUCUUCUCUUCCACGUCAAUGCUCUGUAAUUUGUACGCUCAUCCAUGAGUUUGGGAGGAAUUUCUUCAUGAAAAGUACCAUACAUCCUCCAAUAAUUUUGUCGAGGAUGAAGUCCUAAUCCCUCCGUACUCACUCAUGCAUGUGAAGAUGACUUGCCUGCCGAUUGUGGAAUAAACAUCGGGGUUCGUGCUUUCGUUGAUUAAUUUCCAACCAGUUGCGCUCUUAGGUCUUCUUUCUCUUCUCUUUCUGUUGUAUUCGUCUUCACCUUAAUCUCGAUGAAUACCAGUGCUUAUCAUCUGUGUUGAGUCCUUUAGUUUCUUGACACUUGAUUAUGGAAGCCACCAGCCACACUUCGUCAUUUUCCCCAACAUUUCUGCUGAUGAAAUCGAUACUUGAAGUUAAGUUGACUUUGGAAAAUUUCACCACCCCAUGAGCAUUUGACGUUCCUAAAUAAGAUCUUAUCUCUGUUGCUAUGCACAUUUUUCCUCGAGAAUAUGAUGAUCAAGUUACCUUCCUCAUGGAUUUUUCUAUCUCGGUCUGGAAUUCUCGCAAGUAUGCUCUGAACACUACACACCUUGAGAAGAGAACCUGCCCGGGCAGAUGAUAUGAGUUUAAUCUGAGAUCACGUAUUUCUGGCUCAUCAUUGGGAGAAAUCAAGAACUUUAGACUUUAUUUUUAAAUAUUUGGAAACAUCAGUGAUGGGAUGUUCUGGCAGGUACGAAGCUGCUGAAUCACAUCCUGGCUCUUUCUGCCAGGCAGGGAAUUGCAGAGAUCUACAUGCACGUGCAGACAAACAACGAUGAUGCAAUCGCAUUCUAUAAGAAGUUCGGGUUCGAGAUCAAGGAGACCAUCACAAACUACUACGCCAAGAACAUCAGCCCACCUGAUUGCUACGUGCUCAGUAAGCCCAUUUCUCCCGCUCCCCCCAAGAAAUGA